CASUGCUCUCCCGCGCAGUCAAAUUAUUUGGUUAGCCGGCACGGUUUGAGGAAAAUCCGAGGGGAAAAAAAUGGACGAGCUUUAUUUGGAUAAUAUCGACGAGUUUGUCAACGACCACAACAAGAUUGUAACGUAUAAAUGGCUGAGCCUCACACUUGGAGUCCAUGUCAACACAGCAAAACAAAUGCUUUACCAUUACUUGGAGCACAAGAGGAAAGAGAGUUUGCCUCAGCUCCAGGCAACAUACCUUGUUUCGGGGAAGUCUGUGGACYACGGUCAAACAUGUCACAAAGUGUCAGUUGUCAGAGAGGACCAGCUGGAACAUUUUAAAUCAAAGUUGGCCUUGGUGGCGAGCGUUCAUGUCUACAGCGUCCAGAAAGCGGUACUGAGAGACAGCGGCCCCCUCUACAGCGUGGACUACGAUGYUGUGAAAGACAACCUGAAGAACUGCAACAGAUACAGCGCGAUCCGGUGCGCCAGCGCCGUGCCCAUGUCCUCUGUGGAGCUGCAGCAGGUGCGGGAAAAUGAGCCGACGUUGGUGCCCGACAACAAAACAUCCGCCAUAAACAGGGACACGGGUGUGGCUUCCAAGGCGCCUACCAAGACGCCCAAAGGCAUCAUGGGAAUGUUUUCAAAUAAACCUGCAUCGAAGCAACAAGUCAACAGCAAAGAACCUGAACAAAAAGAAGAAGCUCCUGCGGCGGAUCCUCCCAAAAACAAACCGGCUGCAAAGGCCAAUCCWUUAGCAAAGUUCUUUGGGAAUCAGACAAAAAAACCUGACAAACCCGUGAAGGAGGAGCAGGAGCCUCGGUCGUCCGUCGCAGCUGAGCAGCAGCAGAAUUCCCAACCGGAGCCAGAACCAGAACCUGCAGCCGUGCCGCAGCAGAGCGACACCAAGACCGAGUCCAAGAGCAAAACUAAGCGAGUCGAAGCGUCCGACAGUGAGGAGGAGGAGAAAAUGGAGAAGAAAAAGAGACGGCGGAUCAAACGACCAGAACCUGACAGCAGCGAUGAAGAUGUCAUCCCAGAUUCUCCACAGCCACUGGAAAYGAAACAACCAAGUCCUAAAAAGGAGGUGGAGGCUGCUCAUCAUUCACAUGUUCAUUCUGAAGGCAAAAUAAGGAAGAGGAGACGAGUCCUGAAGUCACGCACCUUUCUGGAUGAUGAAGGAUGUAUCGUGACAGAAAAAGGCUACGAGAGUGAAUCUUACUCUGAGGCGGAGGACGACGUCCCGCCCAACAAACAAGCUCCCAGAGAAAACGUUAAGGCAAAACUUCCCUCGAGCAGCAAAGAGAACGAGAAAAAAAGUCAGAAGAAAUCUUCAGCGAGCUCACAGAAAGGAACGAAACAAGCUUCUAUUAUGGGGUUUUUUCAGAAGAAAUGACAAAAAAAAACAGCUCUGUAGUUGUUUUUCUGUGAUAUCCGUGGUUUUUAUUUUUUAUUUUUUACAACAGACUCAAACAUGAACAGAUGACUGAAAGAUAAAAGGACCUCAACAGUUCAGAUYGACACAUUUUAUUUUUUCACUUUUGUACAUCUAUCAGCUGUAAACUUGUGAUAUUCAAUAAAAAGAUUAAAUGAGCUGUA